CUUAUCAUCUACGCUUCUUUCUUCUUACUCUUCCUAAUACUUGUUUGAGGCGCAACGUUCUGUGAACGUUCUGCGUAGUGAAGGACUUUCUUUUCGCGCUUCCGUUCCUUUGAGUCGACUCGAAGUCGGACUCACCACUAUCUUUCUUUUUAACUAGCCUCCGAGAGGCACAGUUAGUUGCUUGAAAACCAACACGAGGCUAAUUCAACCGUCUAUUCCGUACGAAUACCAAUCGAUAGCGUAAUUCGAUCUUCUACGGCUCGGCCUCUUACACCAACACCGAGGCAUUCGGUUCCUUACCAUUUACGUUGAGCGAAAGACAUCCGUAAUCCGAUCCACUCUCUCGGGCCUCAACCGCCUACGACCUAUUCUGAAUAUAAAUAUCCUCAUCAAACCUCAAGACCGAACCCUCCCUCGCACAAUGGCAGCACCAUCCUGCGCCUUCACCUCCGGCAUUCCCAAUCCACCAACAACCUCGCCCUCCUGCGCAGUCCCCAUUGGCGGCUCGAACUCCACCCUGCUCGACACAUGCUGCAACGGCCACAUCAACCCCAUUAACACAUACUCCGCGCCGGGUGCCGACGACGAUUGCUACCAGUACUGCACAACCGAUGCUGUCAACGAUGUGCAAGGGUGCCUCACUCAGAAGUUCGAGGCGUACGAUAAGAAUAGCCCGGCGUUUCAGUGCUUCAAUGUCGCGCCCGUCAAGGCGGCGGAGAGCAAGGGUGGGAGAAUUAAGGGAGCAGGAUGGAUAUUGAGGGUAGCCGUGGGGUUAGGUGUUGUGGGAGCGGUUGUUGGGAUGGUAUAGGAUAUACGGGGAGCUCUGGGACCGGGGUUUCGGGGCUAAAAUGGGCGAGUAGAAACAU